GGAGCCGGGCCGUUACCAUGCUCUGGGGAGGCGGAGGGCUGGGUGCUGCCCCGGAGCACUGCUUCUACAUGGAGGGGCCUCGCUGCUCUCCCCAGCCGUACCGAUGUCCGUGUGGUGGAGGGGGUGAGGGGCUUCUCCCCGGCUGUGCCACCGCCCGCGGGUGUCCCCAGCCUGCAGGAGGCUGCCAGCAGAGCCUGCAUUUGGGCUGGGGUCCUGUCCCCCGGUGCGCUCUUACCCCUGGGUUUUACCUCAGAGAGCAGCGGUGAAGAGGGCAGCACAGUGGUGCGGAAGGAGCGGCGCCGGGAGACCCCCAAUCCCAUGAUCCAGAAGACGAGGAGAUGUGUGAAGGAGAGGCCUGCGUAUGCGCUGAGCAGCAGUGAUGAGGAGGAUCCAUCAAAGGAGAUCGGAGUCACUUACAAGUCGACAAGGUCGGCGAAACCUGUUGGCCCAGAAGACAUGGGAGCCACAGCAGUGUAUGAACUGGACACGGAGAAGGAGAAAGAUGCCCAGGCCAUCUUUGAGCGCAGCCAGAAAAUCCAGGAGGAGCUGAGAGGAAAGGAAGAUGAUAAAAUUUACCGUGGUAUUAACAACUACCAGAAGUAUGUGAAGCCCAAGGACACAUCAAUGGGAAACGCCUCUUCAGGAAUGGUCAGAAAAGGACCCAUCCGUGCUCCAGAGCACUUGCGGGCCACGGUGCGAUGGGACUACCAGCCUGACAUCUGCAAGGACUACAAAGAAACUGGGUUCUGUGGCUUUGGAGACAGCUGCAAAUUCCUCCAUGACCGCUCGGACUACAAGCAUGGCUGGCAGAUCGAACGGGAACUGGAUGAAGGCCGGUACGGAGUCAAUGAUGAGGAAAACUAUGAGGUGAGCAGUGAUGAGGAGGACAUGCCCUUCAAAUGCUUCAUCUGCAGAAGUUCCUUCAAGAACCCUGUGGUCACCAAGUGUAGGCACUACUUCUGUGAAAGUUGUGCCCUCCAACACUAUCGCAAAUCCCAGCGCUGCUAUGUCUGUGACAAGCAAACCAGUGGAGUCUUCAACCCAGCAAAAGAGCUCAUGGCAAAAUUGGAAAAACACAAAGGGGAGGAAGAAGAGGAGGCAGAGCAGCAGCAUUCAGACCAUGGAGAGGAUCCACAAUAGCAGAGCACCCUGUUUUGUGUCUACCUGAAUAAAGCUUUCAUGAAGGGGGAAAUAAAAAAAGCUCACAGCGAUU